AAAUGAUUUGAUUUGGGCGCUCACCAGACUUUCUUCUGCUUCAAGAAUUCUACUGUCAGCUCAGAGGAAAACUGGAAAAGAACUGUUGAAUAAUCGCAAAUUGAACAACUCGAAAGUUAUGCAGAUGGAGUUCUAUGUCGAAGACGGGAAGCAAUUAAACCCUAAUUGUUCUACUUUAGUUCUGCCGGCUCUAUCGAUUGGAAAUGUAGGGCAGCUAGCGGUGGAUCUAUUAAUCUCGUCUCUGAAAGCGGAGAAAAUCGGCUAUUUGGAUGAGCCGAAUGUGCUUCCUUGCGUCGGUAAUGAUGCUUAUUCGCCGUCGCCGCUCGGAGAACUAGCUCUCCCUGUCGAAGCUUAUGAAUCAUCUUCUAGUAGAAUGACACUUGUGCAGCAGCGAUCUCCAGUGGUUAAGGGUAUGAUGAUGGAAUAUGCGAAGAAUGUUGCCAGUUUUGCGGCUGCGAAUGGGAAGAAUCAUGUUGUCAUUCUCUCCAGCUUGGAUUUCGGGCGAUGGAGAAACAUUGACAUGUUGAGUGGUUUGCAGAUAUAUUACUUAUCUAGCUCCAAUAUGGAUGGAACUGACGCUGACUGCGAAACCCUUGGGUGGAAUAGACUGCAAGACUAUAAUCCUGCUCAAAGAACAUGGAAGUAUCUCAAUACAUUAGCUGAACAAGGGUCCGUGCCUGAUGAAGAUUUUUCUUCUGAGGAACUAGAAGAUGAAGACUACUACCCAAGUUUGCCUUUUGCUGCACUCUUUUCCUGCUUUAAGGCUAAAGGUCUAAAGGUUACUUGCUUAUUGUGUUACUGCUCUGAGGGAGACAACAUACCCGAAGCCUUCCAUUUGGCUGAGGCAACAAGUAAACUGAUGGGGUUGAGCCACAAUGAAUUUCACGGCAACGUUGCUGGUAACUGGAUCAUGCCGUUCUCAUGGCAGAGUGUAUAUGGACCUCCACCGGAGAUGACUCUUUUCUAGGCAGACACUGAUGGUUUUUACGGAUGGCAACGGAUAUACAUGUUAGUAUCUGCAGAAACACAGUCAUUGGAUCGAUCCAGUUUCUAAAAUUUUCUUAUUCGCUAAACAUGUUAGGAAUCUUUUCACAUAGCUCCAAUAGCUUGCUUUCUUGAACGAAAGCUAUGGAAACUUCAGCAUUGUUUACUACAAAACCCAACAUUUGCGCCUAAGUUACAUGCUACACCAAGAAACUUGGUGUGUGCAUAGUAAUUUAUUCAUCAUAUAAUGACAGGAAAAGAAAAUUCGUGGAUAUGAA